AGAGCCCGAUCAUCAGGGUCCUACUCAGGCUACGGUAGUCGCACAGUUUCGCGACUAUCAUGCAGAGAAGUUCUCAGGACAGGGCGACCCCGGUAUCGUUGAUGAAUGGAUUCAGGGGUUGGAGUUCAUCUUUGAGGUUAUGGAAUGCCCCGAUAGAUAUCGCGUAGUUUGCGCUCAGCUUCAGCUCACUGGUGAUGCGAGGCUCUGGUGGAACGCCUACUGGAGCAUGCGUCCCGGUGAAAAGGCGGGUUGUACAUGGGACAUGUUCAAGAAUCAAGUCCGCGACAAGUACUACCCUUCUUACUAUCGGGCAGAGAUGGAGCGCCAGUUCUUAGCGCUUCAGCAGGGCACUCGUACUGUCGAUGAGUACGAGCGAGAGUUCACCAGACUUGCAGGUUUCGCACCGGAUCUUGUUCGCACGGAGGCCCAGAGAGCUCAGCGGUUCAUCGACGGACUUUACCCAGCAGUCCGUCAUAACAUUGUGGGACACGGGACUCAGACGUAUGCACGAGCAGUCUCUAUCGCCCAGGAGGUUGACGCUAGUAUCAGGAGGGAGGCCGUUCGUGAUCGUACUCAGCCAUCUGCCCCAGCUCAGCCAGUUACAGUUCCACCAGCUUUACCACUUACCCAGCCGCCCAAGAACAACAAGAGGAAGGGGAAAGGUGCCCCGACAGACAAGAGGACCCGACGGAGGUUACAAGAGAUUUUACCGUGCCCGACUUGUGGUCGACUUCACAGGGGAGAGUGUCGUGUUGGACAGGACAUCUGUUACUUUUUCCAGGAGCCGGGACACUAUGCGAGUCGUUGCCCGAAGAAACUCCAGCAGCAGCCUCAGCAGCCACCACAGCAGCAGCAGCCGCGACAGCAGGUGCAGAGACCGCCCCAGCAGCAGCAGCAGCAGCAGAGGGGCAGGCAGCAGGCCAGGGUUUACGCGGUCGAUCAGGUGGAGGCAGCACAGCAACCAGGUACUAUGUCCGGGAUGGUUGUUCUCAAUGAUAUUCCUGUGUUUGCGUUAUUCGAUACCGGAGCAACGCACACCUUUAUUUCACGACGGUGUCUCGACGCCAUCGGAGUUCGUGCAGUUACCGCUGUCGAUCCUCUCGAGGUUAGUUUAGCCUCGGGACGAAAGAUAGUGACUUCAGCUAAAGCUACAGAUCUUAGCCUUUCUAUCGUAUCUAAAGCCCCAUAUCGCAUGGCGCCUAAGGAGCUACAGGAGCUUAAGACUCAGAUUCAGGAGCUGUUACGACUCGGUUUCAUCCGACCGAGU